GGGGGUCCUUUAGGGCAAGCGCCCGGGAAACCAGAUGAGCUCCAGACGUCUACACCGACUGGGCUAAGGCCCGUGUGAGAGAUGAAACAGAGAGUCCUCAGCUGCAGCCGUUUCGCCCAGACGAUCCCUGAACCCAUUCCCGGAGCUCUACCUAGCCGUAGGAUCUCUACCCUAGGGUCCUGGGUGCCCUAGUCCCGCCCAAGACAUGCGCGGUACGUUCCGCCACACUCAUCAUGGCGGCAGCUACCGAACGUAACUUCCGCCCGCAGCCGGAAGUACGGGUCGUGGGAGCAUGGCAGCGUCGAAGGUGAAACAGGACAUGCCCCCGCCGGGGGGCUAUGGCCCCAUCGACUACAAGCGGAAUCUUCCACGUCGGGGACUGUCGGGCUACAGCAUGUUUGCUGUGGGCAUCGGGACCUUGCUGUUUGGGUACUGGAGCAUGAUGAAGUGGAACCGAGAGCGCAGGCGCCUGCAGAUUGAGGACUUCGAGGCCCGCAUUGCGUUGAUGCCACUGUUGCAGGCAGAGAAGGACCGGAGGGUUCUGCAGAUGCUUCGGGAGAACCUGGAGGAGGAGGCCAUCAUCAUGAAGGACGUGCCUGACUGGAAGGUCGGUGAGUCUGUGUUCCACACAACACGCUGGGUGAGCCCCAUAAUGGGUGAGCUCUAUGGGCUGCGCACGAACGACGAGAUUCUCAACUCCACCUAUGGCUUCAUUUGGUACACGUAGGGGCCGGCGCCCCUCCGACUACUGGACCCGAGCCCUCCCCGCUGGAAGGAAUAAAUGCUCUAGAGACCUG